UUUUUUCCUGUCAAGGAGCAGCAGCAGCAGCACAGACGUGGACAGACCCGUCACAUGACUGCGGGGAUAUGGAGAUGUAUUUCCUAAUAGUCUGAGUUGGAUUAAAGUCAAAUCACAUCAGGUCACCAGAUUAUCGGCGCUGCUUCGCGGUAAGAGAAGUUUGAGGUCAGAGUCCGCAGCUCCGGCGGCACUUUAACAGCUACGUAGCUAACAUGAGCUAACAGCUAGCAUCCAGCUGCAAGCUAAUGGGCGGGGUUUCAUCUGUUUCAGCCUCGCAGUCUGAGCUGUUUGUCUUGUCAUGACAGCCAUGGAGAGAUUAGAGGCUACAUCAGAGCUGCAGUCACGGCUGUCAUCCUUGUCCUUCUCGUCUUUUCCCGGAAUAACAUCCAAACAGUCCGACAACAGACCGCUGGACAGGCUCCAGAAUACAAAUCUGUCAGUGGGCUUCACUCAAUCCACAAACCAGGCUGAUAUGGAUGAAACCAAGGAGGAUUCAGGACAGCACUGUGAGGGUGAUGAAGAGGCCCCUGCUGAGCUGGCCCUGGGGGAAGGAGGCGAGGAGAACAACAGCAGUGGGAGCUGUCAGCUCUCUGCUGAGAUGAAAGCCCAGAUGCCACCCCUGAAUCCUCCAGCAACUUGGACAUCUGCUGCCCUGAAAGAGCUCAAGGCGAAGCUCCGAACUGAGAAGGACAGCAUGGUGACGGUGUACCGAGGCGACAUCAUGACGGUUCAUGUGCCCACUGUGCCCGAGGCCAAGAAAGUGUGCUGGGAGUUUGCUACAGAUGGUUAUGACAUUGGCUUCGGCAUAUAUUUUGACUGGACUCCGGUGACGAGUCGGUCGAUCACGGUGCACAUCAGCGAGUCAAGUGAUGACGAAGAUGAAGAAGAGGAGCUGGAAGGGCCCGUCAGCAACGGUGAUGUAGAGAAGGGCUCCAAAAGUCACGCCAACUCCAACCUGGCUGAAAUCUUACCUGUAUACCGUCAGGACAGCCAUUUGUCUGUCCACGGGGGGAGCCACGACUUUCCAGGUGAAGGCACGUACCUCCUAAAGUUCGACAACUCCUACUCUCUUUGGCGAAAUAAAACACUUUACUACAGGGUUUAUUACAGUGCCUGAGAUGCCAAUUUAUUGCUUAUGAAUGUAUAAUUUACAGAAGAAUAUUACUCAUAAGAACAAUGAACUAUUUUUGAUUCCACACUUGGGGGGAAAAAAUUGAAAUUAUAAUAUAGAAGGUUAAAUAUACGCAAAUCUAUUUUUUAUCACUAUCAGCUUGUGUUGUCACAUGUUGAACUCGUGUGUUUAGUUUUGCAUCGUGUGCUUCAGUGUCUUGAUGAUAUGUAUUUAAAAAAGCCUUGCAUAUGUGCCAUAUUCCCAUGUAUGCACUGUGCUGUUUGGUCAAGUGCCCGUCAUAAAGCAUAUAUUGUCUCCUCCUGUAACAUUUCUAUGGUAGCAGUGAUCAGGGAACACCUGCACAGAAUACAUUUUGCCAAGACAGGUGCUUAAUCAGCAGUGCUCUAAAGAAAUGAAAUUUGAUUUGUUGUGUGUGUGUGUGCACCUUUUUAUGACCACGAUCGUUCUGUUGCGUUUGUCGUCGUUCGCUGUAUUUAUCAUCCGACUUUGUGGCGUAACUUAUUGUUUUUUUGUUUUUUUUUUUUGUUUUUUUUUUUAUCUGUGUUGAAUCUAAUCAUGUGAUAUCGCAGAAUACAAUAUAAAUUCCAAGUACUGACGUCUGCUGUCAUAGUGGCGUGUUGGUAAAAGUUGAAUGUACUAAAAGCGAGUGGUCACGGUAAUCCAGAGUGCUUUUUAUGACACAAAUAAAAGCCAUCCCUUAUCACAUAAAGCUCUUAUUAUGUAAUAUAGAUUCAAUAUUUACAUUUGCCUUGCCCCCCUUUAAUUAGCUGUUUUGCAUAAAGGCACCAGUAUAUUUCAUCUACAUGUAUUUUGUGCAGAGGUCUGUGUAAGUAAAAAUCACUGUUUGUUUUUGGGUAUCGUCAGUGCGUCGGACAUACUUUGUAUUUGAGCGUACUUUGUUCCAUCCUCUCUGUAAAACCAAUGCUUCUACCGUAUUCACUUGUGCGCAUGUUCCCAAAGAAGUCACAGAUAUGCCUGCUAACAUAUACUAUGUAAAGCAACUGAUUCAAAGUUUCCCAGCUGUUUGCUGUACUGUACCUUCACUGUAAGUUAUGCUGAUGGCAUUUGUUCCUGAGAUUUAUAUUACGCAAUAAAAUGAAGAUUGUCUAA